UCGGCUCAGUACCUCUCUGCAUAUAAGCUUUGCAUGCACUUGCCUCCGAGAGAUUCCACGUCUCCUGCAAGUCUCUCUUACAGCUCAAUCUUACCUUUUCAUCUCCAAUCUCAUACACGCUUUAUUCUCAAAGGUUCAAACUUUCCUUGAAUCUAUAUAGAUUGUUGGCCUCCAUGGAUACCCUUCUGGAAGAAUUCCCCAAUUCCAUGAACAAUUUCAUAUUUGACCAAAACUCCAUCCCAUCCUUUCCAGAUCAUCACAACCCUCCUGAUCAGUUUGAAGCCAACCAUGAACUCACCAAUCUCAGUCUCGUUCCAGAAUAUUCAGACCCUUAUAGUGAUUCCUCUCCGUCCUCUUCGGGUAUGAGCUCCGAGGGGGUGAAUUCUCCAGACGACUCCAACGCCAUUCUUGGAUUUAUCAGUCAGAUGCUCAUGGAAGAAGAAGACUUGGAGAACAAGCCUUGCAUGCUUCAGGACUGCUUGGCUCUCCGAGCUGCUGAGAAAUCCUUGUAUGAUGUCCUGGUUCAGGAGGAUUCCUCUUCAUCCGGUCAGAAUCUCAGUUCCACAAACCAGAAUGUUGGGAGUCCAGAUGAUGUCAGCAACCACAGCAGCGAUAGUUCUCAUGCUGCAAGCAACUGGUUUGACUCGGAUUUCGAUUGUGUCCCACAGGUUCUAGAUACUGUGGUUCCAAAUGGAAAGGGCGGAGUUACAGAUCUAGAAGGCAACUCAUCAUUUCCUGCGGAUGCAAGGCAGCUCUCUGAUGAUGUGAAUUUCAGUCUAGACAAGGAUGAGAGUGAGUCAAGAAAUGGAUCGAGGGGCAAGAAGAAUCGUUACCGGGAGGAUGGCGAUUAUGUAGAUGAAGAGAGGAGCUACAAGCAGUCGGCGGUUUAUGCUGAUGAAAUUGAGCCAGAAGAGAUGUUUGAUCAGGUACUACUCUGUCAGGGUCAUAAAUCAAGUCCAACUCCACAAGUAUCUGAGCUCAAAGAUGGAAAUGGGAAGCUGCAGCGUACCGGCAAGGCAAAAGGAUCCAAAGCUAAGAAAACAGGCAAGAAAAAGCCGGAUGACAAUAAGGAAAUGGUGGAUUUACGGACACUGCUCACUCAAUGUGCACAAGCUGUUGCAAGCUAUGACAAAAGGAAUGCAACUGAACAACUGAAGCUGAUAAGGCAGCACUCAUCUCCCUAUGGGGAUGGAACUCAAAGAUUAGCUCAUUACGUGUCUAAUGGACUUGAAGAACGCUUGACAGCGGCAGUUUCAUCGUACAAGCAGUCUGUUUGCUUUUCCAGAGGUAACCUGUCAGCUGCUGCUAUAUUGAAAGCUUACCAGACUUACAUCACAGCAUGCCCUUUUAAAAAGAUGUCAAAUUACUAUGCCAACCAAACAAUUCGCAAGCUGGCAGAGAAGAGAACAAGGCUUCACAUAAUUGAUUUUGGUAUUCUCUAUGGGUACCAAUGGCCUUGCCUAAUCCAAGUCCUCUCGAAAAGACUUGGCGGACCUCCCAUGGUUCGCUUUACUGGAAUUGAGUUUCCCCAAUCAGGUUUUCGACCUUCAGAAGGGCUUGAAGAGACAGGGCGCCGCCUACAGAAUUACUGCAAGAGAGUCAAUGUUCCAUUCGAGUACACUGCCAUAGCAAAGAAUUGGGAAACCAUUCAGUAUGAGGAUAUCAAAAUCGACAGAGAUGAAGUGACUGUUGUCAACUGCUUGUACAGGUUAAAGAACUUACCAGAUGAUGUAGUGUUGGACAGCCCCAGAGACACAGUUUUGAAGCUGAUCAGGAGAAUCAACCCGGAUGUAUUCAUACAAGGAAUUGUGAACGGAACCUACAAUGCACCCUUCUUUGACACACGGUUCCGAGAGGCACUCUACCAUUUCUCUUCUUUGUUUGAUAUGUUUGAUGAGACUUUGCUCAGAGAAGAUCAACAGAGGCUGCUCUUUGAACAAGAGAUAUUUGGUAAAGAUCUUAUCAAUGCGAUAGCAUGUGAAGGUUCAAUGAGACUUGAAAGGCCUGAAACAUACAAGCAGUGGCAGAUGAGAAAUAAAAGAGCUGGGUUCAAGGAGUUGCCAAUAGAUCAGGACAUCUUGAAGAAAGUAAGGACUAUGGUGAAGUCAGAUUAUCAUAAAGAUUUCGUUGUCGAUGAAGAUGGCCAGUGGGUCUUGCAUGGAUGGAAGGGCCGAAUAAUCAAUGCUAUUUCUUGCUGGAAACCUGCUUGAUAGCUAGAAGCCUAGAACUAUGUGUUUCUCUGUAACAAAGAAACUAUCUAAGAUCUAUGCAUUAUUGUUUAAAUUAUUACUUGAUGUAUUCCAUUGCUUAGCAUAUUCUUGAUGUGGUUUAUGUUUUAGUUUAUUAAAUUUUUCAGGGUGAGAA